AUGUCGUCAUUUGCGACCAGCUCAGAGGCAGUCCAACCUCUCACUCCACCCCUUGACCCAGACUUGAUCGCAGACUUCCAGAACCACCUGGCCAAGUCUCGAAAUAUAGUGGCCAUCAUCGGUGCCGGUCUCUCGGCCUCCUCGGGACUCGCCACAUUCCGAGGCCCUGGCGGGCUCUGGCAGAACCAGGAUGUGUUCGUACUAGCCUCCCCGGCUGGCUUCGGCAACGACCCAGGCCUAGUUUGGCAGUUCUACUCGUACAGGCGUGAGGAGGCACUCAAAGCCCAACCCAACAAGGCCCACCGAGCCCUCGCCGAGCUGGCCAGGAAAGUGCCGGGCUUCACGAUGCUGACCCAAAACGUCGAUAACCUGUCUCCGCGCGCCGGUCAUCCGAACAACCAAUUGCUACAGUUGCAUGGGAAUCUGUUUGACCUCAAAUGCUGGAACGAAUCCGGCUGCGGAUAUACAGAAAAGGGCAACACGACGGUCCCACUAACCCCAGCGCUCGACACGGCGCUGAUCAGGGGUCCAAAGGACGGCGUCCUCGAUGAUUCGACUCGGCCGCGUGCUAAUCCGAUCAUGCUGGCCGGUCUGGAGCGUAAGAACCGUGAAAUUCUAGGCGACGACUACGUCGCCAGCGAGCCCACUACCAAUGAUGUGGCUCCUCUCGGUACCACUCAGGGCAAAGGCGUGCCGCUUGGCGAUACUCUGCGGUCAAAAAUCGACAAAAAAGAUCUGCCGCAAUGUCCCAAGUGCAAAAGCAACCUGCUGCGGCCCGGUAUUGUCUGGUUUGGCGAAUCGCUUCCCGAAGACACAAUCAACAAGGCGGAAGCGUUGUUUGAAGACGAGGCGGACCCAAUCGAUCUUUGUCUUGUCAUCGGCACUUCGGCAAAGGUUUGGCCUGCUGCUGGCUAUGUGGACGAAGCCAGGGAUAAGGGUGCGAGAAUCGCCGUCGUCAACCUCUACGAGGACGACGGAAGCAAGAAUGUCAUCCCCGGGAGGGACUGGUCGUUUAUCGGCGAUGCGGCCGAGGUCGUCCCGCUGAUCCUGAAGCCUGUGAUUGGUGAGGUCUAA